AUGUCUUCCACAUCAACAAGUGACGGCGUGAAUAAGACGCCCAUUUCGUCAAAUCCAACAAAUAAUGCCUCACCACCACCAAUAUCGGGUGGGUUCAAUACAAGGACCCUAUGGCCUGACCUGAUAGAGACUCCAGAAAACCAGUGGGUUUUUGAGUGCAAGGAUAUUAUCGAAAAGAUUGGUGCCGAUGAACCGAUCGCAUUGGAAAUGAAAAGAAAUAUGGAGAAAUGCCUGAUGUAUUUCUAUACACUAAAGAAAAAUUUGAACCUUUUUGAUCAUACCUACACCGCAUCGUGCAUUCUGUUUUAUAGGUAUUGGUUUUUAUACGGGAUACCAACCACUAUAACCGAAUGCAUCCAUAUAUCUCAAGGAAUCCUAGUCACUUCAUGCAAAACAAUGGAGAAUAAUAGACCUAUAGAGGCCUAUGUCAAGGCCACCUGCGAGUUUCUGAUGCAGAAUAUACCUUCUCUGAAAAGUCGAGCAAAUAUCGAUAAACUGAAGUGGGAAUUCAGAGAUAAACUAGUGACUAAUGAAAAAAAAAUACUGUGCUUAUUUGGAUUUGAUUUAAAUAUUGGUAACCCAAAGGAGUUAAUUGAAGAGGUUUUUAGUGGCUACUAUAGAUUCAACCGGGAUCAGAAUCUGCCAGACAACUUCAAAAAAGCCUUCCCAAAAAUUCUUCAAGAAUCAAGAACCUUUAUGGUGCAAGCUGUCACUCAGCCUGUUUCUUUAUUGUGCGAUGGUUACACCUUCAUUGCGUUAUCUCUCAUAUAUUGUGGCCUAGAGUAUAAAAGGUUGGUCGACAAAGAUUUUAAAUACCCGAAGAACUUCUUUAGGGAUAGAUUUCCUAUCGAAGUGACGCCGGAAAAUUUUGCCAAUAUCUUUACGGAUUAUAAGUUACUGGAGGAGAAUUUUUUCAAUCUGAAAAGUAAUAAAGGGACCAAACUACAAAUCGAUUCAGGCAUGGUUGACUCAGUGAUCGACGAAGGUGACGACGUGGAAAAUCAAGUUUCAGAAUUCUCAGAUCCCUUCAACUACGACUUAAUCAAAUCCGGUGAAGUGAAAGAAGAAUUUUUAAAUCAUAUUGAAGUAAGGGUUAAUGAUUUAUUAGAAAAGGCUAAACAGGAGAGUAUGAAGAGGAAGGCUAAGGAUCCUGUAAAGGCUCCAGACGCUAAGAAGCCCAAAAUAUAG